AUGUCUUCUCACCGGAACGUGCCGCUCGGCCCCCGGGUUUCGGCGCGUCAGAGGGAGCUCCUCCUGUCUUUUAUGGAGGAGCACCCCGCCCUCGUGACGCCGUCGUACCCAUUGGGGCCAUCGUUCACAAAGGCCGAUAAGGACGCGCUGUGGCUCCAGCUGAAGGCGCUGCUGGAUGCCGAAGGCCCUGCACGCAAGACCGUGCAGCAGUGGCAGGCCUUCUGGCGGAAGCAGCGAUUCUACGUGGACCAGGCGCUGGCCCUUCUGAGGCAGCAGCAAAGGGGCACCGGAGGCGGUCACCUUGCUGGGUUCCACGGCCGCAUCCUGCAGCUAACCGGAACCGCGCGGGUGGAUGGUGGGCGAGCCGCUGUGUACGGGCGGUCGGAAGCGUUGGUCCCCCCAGAUGAGAGCCUGCAGGCGCGAGCUCUCGCUGGGGACUUCCGGCGCCCUCAGCCCUUCCAGCCAUUGCCCGCCCAGCCUAGAGUUUCGGUUGGCGAGACGCCCGGCACCAGUGGCUUGCAGAGCGUUGCACGCGGUGCCGGUGGUGUGGCCGCGCAGGAUGCGGGCCAGGAGUGCCCGAGUGCUCCAGCUCGUAAGUUGGAGUUGCCUUGUCCUGUUAGCUGUACCAAUAUUAAGUUUAAUGGAAUCACCCAUCGGCAUGUGAUGCUUCUCACCGUGUCAUUCCUUUUAAACAUGAGUUACAUAGGCUUCUGCUGUGAAAAAAAUAGCAUAACUUGUAUGCUUUCAGCACCACAACGCCAAAGGCGCCGCCGAGUGCCGCCGCCAAGUGCCCGAGAAGCCCUCCCACGCCUAGUGGAACUGCAUACCCGGAGCAGCGAGCAGCAGCUGCAAACCAACACGGUGAUUGCAGAGCUCCGGGAUGCGGCCACCCGCCAGGCUGUGGCCCUGGAACAGCUGGCAGCAGAGGCCAGGCUCCACAGGGAGGCUGCAGAGAGGCAGGCUACAGCCCUGGAGGCCAUCCUGCAGCAACAGGGCCAGGCUCUGCAGGAGCUGCGAAGCGUGGGGGUGCUGUCACGGGCCAUUGCAGCGGCACUGAGGCGGCCUGCAGAAUAA